UCUUGUUACCGGCCGCUCUCCCAAAGGUCCAUUUUUGCUAUGACCGCUGGAGCUCCUGGCUCCCCGGAGCGGCGGGCAGGGGCUCGGGAGAGACGGCUCGCCCAGACAGAAGGUCCCGCUUGGUCGCUCCCGGUACUGGAGCCGGCAGCGGGGCGACGGGCGGCUCCCGGGAGCUCGGGGCAGGCGAGGGGCCGAGCGCCCGACGUUCCGCGCGGCCGUCCCGGGAGCGCGCCUUCAGGCGCCAGCCCCGGGAGAAGCGGGAAGCGGCGGCCCGCGUGGGGCCCAAGCUCUUCCUGUGCCAAGUUUCCGGCUCCGGGUCCCGGGAGGCGGACCGCCGGGCCGCAGGCGGAGCCAGCGCCCCGCCGCGGCUUUCAGACUCUGACCAUGGCCUCAGGCGGGUGGCCCUGGCGGCGCUGCUGCUCCUGGAGGCCGGCGGCCCGGAGCCCCGGGCCCGGCUCCCCCGGCCGCGCGGGGCCGCCCCGGACGCCCUCGGCUGCAGACGCGGGCGCUCAGAUGUCCUAUUUUAAUCUUGUGAAGAGUUUAACAUCUGCUUUUCCACAUAGGUAUAGUAUGUCACGGUUCCAUCACACGACGCUGGCGGUGUGCUGUUGUAGCAAAACACAGAGUGGGGAGAAAUACACUGACCCCUUCAAACUCGGUUGGAGACACUUGAACGGUCUGUAUGAGGACAUUAGAAAGGAACUACUCAUAUCUACAACCGAACUUAAGGAAAUGUCUGAAUACUACUUUGAUGGAAAAGGAAAAGCCUUUCGACCAGUUAUCGUGGUGCUAAUGGCCCGGGCGUGUAAUAUUCAUCAUAAUAAUUCCCGAGACGUGCAAGCAAGCCAGCGCUCCAUAGCCUUGAUUGCAGAAAUGAUCCACACUGCUAGUCUGGUGCACGAUGACGUCAUUGACGACGCGAGUUCUCGGCGAGGAAAACACACGGUUAAUAAGAUCUGGGGUGAACAGAAGGCUGUUCUUGCUGGUGAUUUAAUUCUUUCUGCAGCAUCUAUAGCUCUGGCACGAAUUGGAAAUACAACUGUGAUAUCUAUUUUAACCCAAGUUAUUGAAGAUUUGGUGCGCGGUGAAUUUCUUCAGCUAGGGUCAAAAGAAAAUGAGAACGAAAGAUUUGCACACUACCUUGAGAAGACCUUCAAGAAGACUGCCAGUCUGAUAGCCAACAGUUGUAAAGCAGUCUCUGUCCUAGGAUGCCCGGACCCAGUGGUGCAUGAGAUUGCCUAUCAAUACGGAAAAAACGUGGGCAUCGCCUUUCAGCUGAUAGAUGAUGUGUUAGACUUCACCUCAUGUUCUGACCAGAUGGGCAAACCAACAUCGGCGGACCUGAAGCUUGGAUUAGCCACGGGCCCCGUCUUAUUUGCUUGCCAACAGGACUGGACUUGGGGUGUGCCUCAGAGCCCCUUAAAAAGGCACAGGAAGGGACUCCGAGCAUAAGAAAUUCCGAGAAAUUCUGCAGUUCUAGAAGUUUAAUGAGACUGCUGCUCUUAGCCUUGGCCAUGGCCUCAAAAUGUCAAGAAGUCAGUGGAAUGCACUGCUAGAACCAUAGUUUCUUCCUUCUCCAGAUUGAGGGACUAUCCAUUAAGGAGGGAAGUAAAGCUGCCUUCAUAUCCUCCUUUAUUGUGGAUGAGAGCUUAGGAACUUCAGAUGCUGCAGGGUCUGUGAGGCAGACAUUUCCAGAACCUGCUCUGGAGCCCCCUCCAACAUCGCUUGGGGCUGGGCCAAAUGUGGUUUGAAGUAAGUGGGAUAUUGGCUGGCAUUUGGACAUCUUUUUCAUAGAUUUUCAUCUUUGUAGUAUAUUUAAUCCAGUUAAAACUUAGCAAAGCAAUAAGAUGUUCGUCACCAUGCCAUGAAAUUAAAAAUUAGCCCUUUGGUCAAAAAUUUUAGUAACUUUUAGUCU